AUUGUGGGAGGAGGUUGUCUCCAAUUUCUCCUCCCCCUCCCCCUUUCCCGGCCAAGAUGUCUGACAUGGAAGAUGAUUUCAUGUGCGAUGAUGAAGAGGACUACGACCUGGAAUACUCAGAAGAUAGUAACUCCGAGCCAAAUGUGGAUUUGGAAAAUCAAUACUAUAACUCCAAAGCAUUAAAGGAAGAUGACCCAAAAGCAGCAUUAAGCAGUUUUCAGAAGGUUUUGGAACUUGAAGGCGAAAAAGGAGAAUGGGGAUUUAAAGCACUGAAACAAAUGAUUAAGAUUAACUUUAAGUUGACGAACUUUCCAGAAAUGAUGAACAGAUAUAAACAACUAUUGACCUAUAUUCGAAGUGCAGUCACAAGAAAUUAUUCUGAAAAAUCCAUUAAUUCUAUUCUUGAUUAUAUCUCCACUUCCAAACAGAAUUCUGAUUUUUUAUGUCAGAUGGAUUUACUGCAGGAAUUCUAUGAAACAACACUGGAAGCUUUAAAAGAUGCUAAGAAUGAUAGACUGUGGUUUAAGACAAACACAAAGCUCGGAAAGUUGUAUUUAGAACGGGAGGAAUAUGGAAAGCUUCAAAAAAUUUUACGCCAGUUACAUCAGUCCUGCCAGACUGAUGAUGGAGAAGAUGACCUGAAAAAGGGUACACAGUUAUUAGAAAUAUAUGCUUUGGAAAUUCAAAUGUACACAGCACAGAAAAAUAACAAAAAACUUAAAGCACUCUAUGAACAAUCACUUCACAUCAAGUCUGCCAUCCCUCAUCCACUGAUCAUGGGCGUCAUCAGAGAAUGCGGUGGUAAAAUGCACUUGAGAGAAGGUGAAUUUGAAAAGGCACACACUGACUUUUUUGAAGCCUUCAAGAAUUAUGAUGAAUCAGGAAGUCCAAGACGAACCACUUGCUUAAAAUAUUUGGUCUUAGCAAAUAUGCUAAUGAAAUCGGGAAUAAAUCCAUUUGACUCACAGGAGGCCAAACCAUACAAAAAUGAUCCAGAAAUUCUCGCAAUGACGAAUUUAGUAAGUGCCUAUCAGAAUAAUGACAUCACUGAAUUUGAAAAGAUUCUGAAAACAAACCACAGCAACAUCAUGGAUGAUCCUUUCAUAAGGGAACACAUUGAAGAGCUUUUGAGGAACAUCAGAACACAAGUGCUCAUAAAAUUAAUUAAGCCUUACACAAGAAUACAUAUUCCUUUUAUUUCUAAGGAGUUAAACAUAGAUGUAGCUGAUGUGGAGAGCUUGCUGGUGCAGUGCAUAUUGGAUAACACUAUUCAUGGCCGAAUUGAUCAAGUCAACCAGCUCCUUGAACUGGAUCAUCAGAAGAGGGGUGGUGCCCGAUAUACUGCACUAGAUAAAUGGACCAACCAACUAAAUUCUCUCAACCAGGCUGUAGUCAGUAAACUGGCUUAACAGAGAACAAGCUUUUACAGACGUACUUAAGGCAACAGUGCAGAGAUGUAAUUCUUAAAAGAACUGGGAAUGGCAAAACUACUGUCGGUUGAUGUGUCCUGAAAAUUAUUGGAGUUAAUGGCAGAAGUGCUUUUUUUGAUCAACUGGUUUGUGUUUUGCUGCUGCAUUUAUCCCAAGAAAAACAGCUUUAAUCUCCAGAAGAAAACCAAAAUGCCAUGGGAUUUAUGCUGUAUUGACAUCUUGCCCUAAACAUACAACAUCAUAGUAAUUUGUCAUGGGCAACAUGACCAGAGAGAAGAUUUUUGUCAUGAUUUUAAAUACACUGACAUGCUACUGUUGGUUAAAUUUAAACAUGUUUUACCUACAGAAAUUCUCUCACAAAUAACCUGCAAUAACUUGAAAUGCAUACCCUUUUGAACACUUCCUUUUCUCAUGUAUAAAUUAAAAUGUUUGCUGCAUUUUGCAAAAUGUCAAUUCUCCACAAAUGUGUCCAUAUAUUUCUGUACCUGCAGUGUAGUAAAGGAUUAGAUGAAACCCCACAAUUAUAGUGGCAUACUGUCACUUAGGUUUCAAGCAGCAAAAUAAACAGUGCAGCUCAGAAAUUGUAGUUUGGUUCUUGAUGUGUUUUUAUUACACUUGGGGUUUUUGUUUUGUUUUUUAGUACCUUAGGACUUUCAAAUUUUAUCUUCAGUUAACAAUUUUUAAAAGCCUGGCAGCAAAUAAGUUUAGUUGUUUGCUUUCAAGUUUUUAAAAUAAAUCUUUAUUGAUAAAGUAAGUAAAAACUAGUUUCUAACAAAACACUUCCAUAUUACUUUUAACAGUGAUGCUUUAAAGGAAUAAAUUUUUUUAAGAAUGAUACUCCUUUUUAAAAUAAUAAAUUCUAACUCUCAGAAUGUUCACUUUAAACAAAUAUGCCAGAACAUAGACAGCUAAAUGAAUGUUACCCUACAUAGUGAUUAUCCUGGAAAAUUAUUUACUAAUCCCAGCAAUUUACCAUUGCUCAAAAUCUCGGGUUUUGCUCUUUUAGAAUUGCAUUCAUAGCUAAUUUAAGUCACACAGAGUAUUCACUUUAUGAUUACACAUUGUUUUAAAAGAAAAGUACUACCAAGCUCGAUCAUCUUAUAGUUAUCAUUAUUUGGCACAAAAUGACUUUUAACAGUUUACAAAAAAUAAAUCAGUUUUUGAGGUAAUCAUAGAAAGUACGCAGCUGGCUUUGGAGGCAAUCCCAAAAGAGUUUUUAAAGGUAUUUUGAGCAGUGGUAGCAUAGUUAAGAGAAUGAACUGUGGCUGUCCAAGGUGACUGACUACCUUAAAGGAGACACAGCUCAUUUGAAUGUAUUGAGUUUUGGAUGUAUUUGUUUCAUUAAAAAAAAAAAAAAAUCACAUUAUUUUAUAGCGUCAAAGGAAGAACUAAGAUUAAGAUAAUUUCUUUGGUUUUUCUAUUGCUUUGUUAUUAUGUAAAAAGAAGUGAGUAGCAGUUCAGAAGGAAAACUGUUUGUUGUAACUGAAGAAUGACAGCCAAGAAUUUUUGAUCAUUAAAUCAGAUUUUAUAAACAGUGUAAGGAGCAUGGACUUAAAACAAGGCAUGCUUAUUCAGUUUUGUCAAAAUUUUACGAAAAUAUGUGAUAUAUAUUUAUACUAAAACUAUAUAAUCCAUAGGUUUAGGAAAGCAAUCAGUUAAUGUCUUCAGCAGAUUAAAGCAGUAUUAAAUAACAGGUACAAGUUGGAUAUUGUAGAAAACAAAGAAAACAAAAGACAAAAUGUCUUUGGUAGGGAAUAAAAAAGUUUAAGAUAUAAAA